AUGGUUAUGUCGGAGGCCAAUGAAACUAGCAUUCCUGGAAGCACCGCCUCUACAUCAUCAGACUUCUUGAAUGCAAUUGAGGGACAUUAUCUGAAACGAGAACUAUUAAAAUAUCAAUUGCAUAAAGAAUUAGAUGAAUUCAAUAAGAAGGACGCCUUAAGAAACUUUGGCUUUCCCUUUACUAAAGAUGAUCCAAAAGUAUCCAAAAGUAAACCUAAUACCAAAUCCAAAUUAACCAAUUUGCCAAAAGCACGCCGUUCUUUAUCUCGUUCGUCUUCAAUGAAAUCAUCAAGUUCUUCGAAGCAUAUUCAAGAGCGUGGAGGGAUACAUGAGAAUGAUGAGAUUGUUUUAACCAAGUUCCCCAUGUGUAGUUAUAUUCUUCAAGAAUUCAUUAUGACUCUACCCUUAUUAUCUAAAAACAUCGCCAUCGAUGAAUCAUUUUGGCAAGGUAAAGUCCAAGUAUUUUUCGAACAUUUCAUGAGUCUUGGUUUCAGUGAAAGUUAUGACAGAGCUACCAUGACGAAAAGGAAGAAAAUAUCGACAAAACUCUCCAAGAUCAUCUUACUAUUAUUUAAUUCUGGUAUUGGUACCACUAAUGAAAAAUUAUAUUACGAACAAGAUAAAUUUAUUUUGGAAAAGGAAAAGGCAAGGAAAAGAUCCAAAGUGGAAGAAUUUGCUAUACCAACGAGAGAAACAUUGCAAUACCUUAUGACUAACGAAACAUUUUUUAUUAACGGUUGGGAUAUUAAUGUUGUCUCCGUAGUGGAGGAGUCUGCGUUAUUCUCAAAUAAGAAUAAUAAUAUUGGCAAGGAGAAAUCACAACCUAUUUCAUCAUCGAAAAAUAAACCAAUCUCUGCAUAUUCUUAUUACACUAAUAAAUCAAUGAAAUCAUUAUCAUCCACUUCAAAAUGGAUGAAGAAUACUCUUGCCAUUCCAACGUCACCUACUUCAUUAUUUUCAAAACUAUCAAUGGGUACCAUGACUUCUUCAACUGAAUCAUCACUUUCAACAUUGAAUUCAUCGGAACCGAUUAGACAUGGUAGGUAUUUCAUCUUAAAGAUUAAACUUGAAGACUCACCAGAUGAAUCCCAGCCGAUAUAUGUAGCUAAAACAUACCACCAUUUCAAACAUUUAUCGCAUUUAUUAAAGAAGCAAUACCCAGGGAAGAAACUACCAAGGUUACCUCAUAAGACAAAAAAAUCCAUAUCAGUGGUAACAAGAGUGGACUCCAAUUCCAAUUCUAGUCGUAGCAAUAGUAACAGGAGUGGUGGUAAAUAUCGUAGUGGUACAGGAUUACCAAGGGAAACCAUUGUAGCUAGUUUUGAAUCUGAAAAUUUGUCAUCAUCGGCCAGUUCUGGGAAUUCAUCUUCGUUGUCGUUAUCUGAUAAAAACUUGGAAAAUUUCAUUCACCCUUCAUCUUUACAUAUGACAUCAAAUAAUAUUGCAAUAGGCAACAUUGAAAACGAAGAAGAUGAAGACGAUGAUGAUAAUCCGAGUGAAUUGGGUACACAGAUAGAUAUAUUGUCAAUAAGGAAAAACGAAGAAACCGCUGCUGAAGAAGACCAGGACGAAGACGAGGAAGAAGAUGAAGAUGAUGAUGACGAUGGCGAUGACGAUGAUGAUGAUGAUGAUGAUGUAUUUGAAGAUGCCGUUGAUUCUAAAACAGAUAGACUAGUCAGUGAAAGAUUAAGAACAUCAUUAAGACAAUAUUUAAGAAACUUAUGUCAAGACAAAGAAAUUUCAUCCAGUUUACUCUUAAAGAAAUUUUUAAGUGAAUCACAAAUUGAUGCAGCUAUGUUCAAUAGUAAAGUGAAACAAGAUAUUAAGAAUCGAGAAUUAGUUGACAUAAACAACUUAGAAACACAAUUAAAAUUCCAAAAAGUUGCCCUAGAGAAGUCCUUGAAAUUACAAGAAUCAAUGAAACAUUUGAAAAUGUCAUUGUUAGAAGAUGAAAAUCACAUUAAAGAUAUAUUCAAGGAAAUAAAAACGAAGCGAAAUAUCUCAGAAUUAUCACCACUUUUGAAAGAUUUUGUUGAAUGGUGUAAAGUUUAUUUAUCAUCGAUAAUAUAUCAGAUAUUCUUGGGGAAUGAUAACAGUUAUGGAUUUUAUACACAAAUUAGGAGGUUACAUAAAUUAAUGCCCUAUACAAUAAUGGGGCAAAUAAUGAGAGUGACGAAUCCAAUGGCAAUAAUGAAAGGUAUGAUUGAUCUUUUCAUGGCACAACCUUUCGGUGGUCAAUCACUUUUACAAAAAAUGUUUUCUACCAUACUGACUGAUGAUUUAAAGAAUCAAAAAGUUAUCAUUAAGAGUUUGGAAGUUAAGAUUUUGAAUGAAGCUAAAAGUUCUAAUGAAGUUAUUAAAUGUUUGAAAAGUGUGAUUUUUGAAGAUGAUAAGAAAAAUAAAUCUAUUGAUAUGCAUGAAAUUCAUUUAGAAUCUGAUUCUAUGGAGAUGCCCGUUGUUGUUUUAUUAUUAAUGAAAUGUAGUGAUUGGAAGAUCAUAUCACAUAAUGCGCUUACAGAAGUAUUAGAAUCGUAUAAUCGUUGGAAAAUCAAUGAGAAAAAUGCUCAAGAGAAUGCAGAUAUCAUUACAGAUUAUGAGCAUUCAAAUGAUGGGGUCUAUUUUGAUGAUAUUAAGAAACUAUUAAAAUUAUAUAUUAAAGAACGUGACAAACGAUUAAUGAGACAAUUAUGGCAAGAUCCAGAAUUAUCGAGAUUAUUGAAAGCCACAGUGACUUUAAUAUAUGAACCAAUGGUUAAAGUUUUCAAGAUUGCUAAAGUUGAAGUUGCAUUGAAAAAUUUUGAAAGAUUUAUGAAUGAUUUAAUUAAAUUGAUUGAUGAGACUAUAAAUGGACAAUUAGGUAUUGUUACUGGGUUUAAUAUUGUCGACAGUAUAUAUAAUUUGGUCACAAGACACCAAGAUUCAUUUUUCGAAUUUGUGCAUGACGUUUAUUUACAUGAUACAGAGGGUAUAUUUGAAGGUUUCGUUACAUGGAUUACUGAGAUUACUAAAUUCCUACAACAUAGUAAAUUUGCUAAAGAGGAAGAUCGAAUAAAUUUCAAUGAAUUAUUAAGAGAAACUGGAAGUCAAGUGGAUAAAGAUUUGUUACGUCAACAAAUUGAUAAUGUUAUUAAGAAGAAGUUAGUGACACGUAAAUUAUAUAAGAAAUUGGUUGAUGCAAAACAAAAACAUCAAAAGAACUCGUUUAAGAAGACAGCCAAUGGGAUUGUACAAAAGCAAUGGGAAGAAGUUAAUGCGCUCGUGAUACCGAAGAAUUCAUUAGCAAUUGGAGUCGAUGAUGGCGAUUUAGUUGAUUUGGAUUUAGAUACGGAAGAUUAUGAAUUUUUACAAAAGGAUUUUGGGAUUGCCUUGGAAUCUAAAUAUCAAGAAGUUUUAAAUGAAGAAAUUGAUGUUAGUGAAAUUCAUAAGUUUGGAUCAUUAGUUUUUGAGAGUGCGUUGGAGAAGAAUUUAUUCCCAAGGAAACCAUGA